GGUCCGUUAGCGGCAGCGCAGGGCGGGCGCGGCGGUGCCCGGGACGAGUUCGCGGCAGCGCCACCGGAGCCCUCUCCGCCCGCAGGCGCUGCUCCCUGCGGCUCUGCGGGAUCAUCCCGGCGGGCAGCAUGGACCCCGCGGCGGCGGAGGGACGGCGGGGGGCGGCGGGCCGCCUCCUGCUCCUGCUGGCGGCCGCCUCGCUCCUUCGCCUCCGAGCGGCAGGUGAAAUGGAAAUUCCAGAUUCAAAUGACCCCUUAGGUCAUGUGGAUGGACUUGAGAGACCAAUUCCAACACCUAAAGGUUAUUUCCUGACCUUCUUGGAACCGGUAAACAAUAUCACUGUCGUCCAGGGGCAAACAGCAAUCCUCCACUGCAAGGUAGCAGGAAAUCCACCUCCGAAUGUCAGAUGGCUAAAAAACGAUGCUCCAGUGGUUCAGGAGCCCAGACGGAUCAUCAUCAGAAAAACAGAUUAUGGUUCACGUCUGAGAAUCCAGGAUCUGGAUACCACAGACACAGGAUACUACCAGUGUGUGGCUUCGAAUGGGAUGAAGACAAUAACUGCAACAGGAGUUCUGUUUGUCAGGCUUGGUCCAACAAACAGCCCAAAUCACAAUCUUCAAGAAGAUUACCAUGAAGAUGGGUUCUGUCAGCCAUAUAGGGGAAUUGCGUGUGCACGAAUCAUUGGAAACAGAACCAUUUAUGUGGACUCCCUCCAGAUGCAAGGGGAAAUUGAAAACCGAAUUACUGCUGCGUUCACCAUGAUUGGCACCUCGACGCAUUUGUCUGACCAGUGCUCGCAGUUCGCUAUACCUUCCUUCUGCCACUUUGUGUUUCCCCUGUGCGAUGAGCGUUCUCGGAGCCCUAAGCCACGGGAGCUGUGCCGGGAUGAAUGUGAAGUUCUGGAGAAUGAUCUCUGUAGGCAGGAGUACAACAUUGCUAGGUCAAACCCCCUCAUCUUGAUGCAGCUACAGUUGCCUAAGUGUGAGGAUCUCCCGCGCCCCGACACCUUGGAAGCUGCCAACUGCAUAAGAAUUGGGAUCCCUGUGGAGAGACUGAGCCGGUUUCAUCAGUGCUACAAUGGCUCUGGAGCUGACUACAGAGGGACCGUCAGUGUUACCAAGUCUGGCCACACUUGCCAACUCUGGGACUCACAGAGUCCCCACAACCAUGAUCUGACAAGCACACAGUUUCCAGAGCUAGGUGGAGGACAUGCGUAUUGUCGAAAUCCUGGAGGCCAAAUGGAUGGUCCCUGGUGUUUUACAAAGAACAAAAACGUACGCAUGGAACUGUGUGACAUACCUUCUUGUAGUCCACGUGACAACAGCAAAAUGGGAAUCCUCUACAUCCUUGUUCCCAGCAUAGCCAUCCCUCUGGUGAUAGCCUGUCUUUUCUUCCUGGUCUGCAUGUGCAGAAACAAGCAGAAGGCAUCUGCUGCUACACCGCAGCGCCGCCAGCUGAUGGCAUCUCCCAGCCAAGACAUGGAAAUGCCACUCAUUAAUCAACACAAACAGGCUAAGCUUAAAGAAAUUAAUCUCUCCACUGUGCGAUUUAUGGAGGAACUAGGAGAGGAGAGGUUUGGCAAAGUCUACAAGGGGCAUCUCUUUGGUACAGCACCAGGUGAACAGACACAAGCCGUUGCCAUUAAGACACUUAAAGACAAAGCAGAACUGGCUCUUCGGGAAGAAUUUAAACAUGAGGCAAUGAUGAGAUCACGGUUACAGCACCCAAACAUUGUUUGUUUGCUGGGAAUAGUGACAAAGGAGCAACCUAUAAGUAUGAUAUUUAGUUAUUGUUCUCACAGUGAUCUCCAUGAGUUCUUGGUGAUGAGAUCUCCCCACUCAGAUGUUGGCAGCACUGAUGAUGACAAGACAGUAAAAUCUACUCUGGAACCAGCAGACUUUUUUCACAUAGUGACUCAGAUAGCUGCAGGAAUGGAAUAUCUUUCUAGCCACCAUGUUGUCCACAAGGACUUGGCCACUAGAAAUAUACUGGUGUUUGAUAAACUGAAUGUGAAAAUAUCUGAUUUGGGCCUUUUCAGGGAAGUUUAUGCUGCUGACUACUACAAAUUGAUGGGAAAUUCCCUUCUUCCUAUCCGGUGGAUGUCCCCUGAGGCUAUUAUGUAUGGCAAGUUUUCUAUUGAUUCGGAUAUAUGGUCAUACGGAGUUGUGUUGUGGGAAGUUUUCAGCUAUGGCCUGCAGCCUUACUGUGGUUAUUCCAACCAGGAUGUCAUUGAGAUGAUCAGGAACCGACAAGUUUUGCCAUGUCCUGAUGACUGCCCGACAUGGAUAUACACAUUGAUGUUGGAGUGUUGGAAUGAAUUUCCCAACAGAAGACCAAGAUUUAAGGAUAUACAUAACAGACUAAGAACAUGGGGGAACCUUUCUAAUUACAACAGCUCAGCGCAAACUUCUGGGGCAAGCAACACCACACAAACAAGUUCUCUCAGCACAAGCCCUGUUAGCAAUGUCAGCAAUGCUAGAUACAUUGGACCAAAGCAGAAAACUCCAGCCUUCCCUCAACCUCAGUUCAUACAAAUGAAAGGCCAGAUGAGACCAAUGGUCCCACCUCCUCAGCUCUACAUUCCAGUUAAUGGUUACCAGCCAAUGCCUGCCUAUGGUGCUUACUUGCCAAAUUUUUAUCCUGUCCAAAUUCCAAUGCAAAUGGCUCCUCAGCAAAUACCUCCCCAGAUCAUUCCCAAACCAGGCUCCCACCACAGUGGGAGUGGAUCUACCAGCACAGGCUAUGUAACAACAGCACCUUCCAAUGCAUCAGUGGCCGACAGGGCUGCUCUGCUGUCAGAAGGCACGGAUGACACACACAAUGGAGUGGAAGAUAUUGCCCAGAACCCUGUCCAGGAGGAGGAGGAAGAAGAGGGCUCUGUGCCUGAAACAGAAUUGCUGGGUGAUAAUGACACACUUCAGAUGGAGGAAGCAGAAAUUCAAUCAGAAGCCUAAGGAAUCUGGCCUCAUUGAUGAGAAUUCCACAUCACUUCCAUGUAUGGAGAGAGUAGAUCUUUAGGCUUAAUAGAGUGAUUUUGAUCUGACUCAAAGAAACAAAACUAAAAAAAAGUAACAUCCAUUUAAAAGUGCAGCAGUAAUAACAUACCAGGUUUCCAUUGCCACCAGUAGAUUUUUCAAAUAUGGUGGUAUAGACUUGCUGGAUUUAAUCUUUUUUACUGUCCUACAGUUCUUGAGAGAAGCUGCUUUUCAAAUAUGUACUGUUGCUGUGCAACGUAUUGCAGAAUAGCACUGCACACCAUGUAUAUCUUGAUAUAUGGGUGUAAUGUUAGUGAGUUAUGCUUAAUCCAAUAACACAAAAAGGAAUCCAGCUAUGGUUGCAGAAUUGCUCUAAGCAUAAAGAAGUGCCCUGGAUGUGAUGGACAGCUUAGUUUGUAGUAUUUAUCUCUUCGAUAUCAUGGACACAAGAUUGUUUGUUUUUUGAGUCUGAAAAAUGAAGUUGAGAAUAAUGAUCUGUGUUUUUAUUACAAUAACAAGAAAAGGGGGGAAACUGAACACAAAAUUGACUGUUUUGAGUAAGACCACAGAUCUGUCCAGCCCAGUAUCAUGUCUUGAAAGACCAUCGAUAAUGCCUGCCAAGGGAGAGACUGCAAGGGCAAUUUCCCUUGCAGAAACUUCCCAGGAUAUUGCCCCAGCCUCCAGCAAUUUGUGGCUUAGGGUCUUCCCAAGACAGAAGUGUAUUUUUUUUUCUGUUAAAUAGCCCUUGAUGGAAUUUUCUACCAUGGAUUUAUCCAAAUGAUUUUGAACUCACAUAGAGCUAGAGUAUCCACAACAGCUUGUGGAAUAACCUGAGAGGAGAAAGGAUGGUUUUCUUUCAUCACUUUGGGUGAAUGACUGACAGAAGCUUCCAAAUGAGAUCAUCUGACUGCAUUUGUGGAUGAAAGUAUUCCUUCUCUGCUGUGUAUUUUAAACAGCAAACAGCCUUAAUACACUGUUAACCAAAAAUGGGGAUAUUGUAGGGGAUAUUAUAGGUGUGCACUAACUUAAUAAAUCCAACUUUAAUUGGUUAUCAAGUAUAGAAGAGGGCUCCACAUGUGUUUUCCUACAUUGUGAAAGUGUUGGGUUUUGUGAGUGACUUACUUGAUUUACGACAGUUACUGCUGGAUUGCAUGUGAAACCAUGUUUUUUUUCCUGACUUUUAGUAAAAAUUAUCUUUGAACUUUAGAAGACCAAAAUGAGCAAUAAUGUACAAGGUGCUGUUUUUGUGCUUCUAUUUGUGGGAUGAAUCAUGUACAGACCUUUAAAUGUAAUUUAUGUUUUACUACAUUUUAUAUACAUUUUUUCAUUGGAAUAUUUGGAUUUUUGAAUGAAUGACUAUAUAACUUAACCAUCUGCAAUAUUCACAUGCAGUGCAGUUUUAUGGUAUUGCUGUUUCAUUUUGUUAAACAUGUGGACAGGUCCAUACAUUUCACGACCCCUUUCUGUAAUACAAGCGGUACACAUUCUGAUUGCAGCAUUGCAGCCAAUACACACUAUAGCUACAAGUUCUACAUCCAGCAUGGAGUAUUCAGUAAAGUGAUGCAAAAAGUAUGAUGAAGUAUGUUAUCCUACAGCCACUGUUUUGUUAUGGUACUUUGUGGAAAUAGAAAUGGCCUCAAUUGCUUAAGUUACAGGUUUCAUACUUACACUACAACUUUUUAUUUUUUUUACAUUGGGAUUCACUUGUAAGUCAUGUAUCAUUGUGAUCUACAGCAGUGUUCAAGGUAUGGCAGCGUUACUUAUUUCUGGCAUUUCACCUGGACUUGGAAAUGCACUGGUAGGAAUAAAAUAUGAAAGCUUUAUUACUUGUGUUAAUAUAAUGCAGCUUUGGGUGCUUUUACUAAAUAAAGGAUAAAUAAAAAAGAAAAA